AUGGACGGACAUCGCCAAGAAACAGCCAGUAUGGCAAAUCAAGCUGUUGAUGAAAUGAAGUAUAAGGCUGAGGUCGAGGAGUACGUUGAAGACGGCCGAUCCGCCAUGGCCGCCGACUUUCAGCAGAAGGAGGCUGCUUUGAGGCGCAAACUCGACUGGUACAUCGCUCCUGUCAUGAUGCUGUGCAUGUUGAUCAGCUAUCUCGACCGAGGCAACAUCGGCUUCGCAGCGACUCAAGGCAUGUCAGAGGAAAUUGGAUUGACCGGCAAUCAGCUCAAUACUGCUGUUUCCAUUUUCUAUGUCACCUACGUGUUGGCGGAAUUUCCAACGUCUUUUUACGUCAAGCGUCUCCAGUUCCACAGAGUCAUUCCGGUCAUCAUCUUUUGCUGGGGAUUGGUCUGCAUGUGCUGCGGAUUCAUACACAAUUUCGCCGGCCUAUGUGUGACCAGACUUAUUCUCGGCUGGUUCGAAGGGUGCCUUUUCCCUUCGAUGACAUUACUCCUUGCCAAUUGGUACCGUCGUGAAGAGUUGGCACAAAGAAUAUCCUAUCUCUUCAUUGCUUCAGCCUUGUCGGGUGCUUUCGGUGGAUUGAUUGCGUUCGGAAUCUUGUAUAUGGAUGGGGUCGCCGGCUAUCCAGGCUGGAGGUGGCUCUACAUUCUGGAAGGACUUAUCACCUUGAUCUGGGCUGCGAUGUGCGUUUUCCUCAUCCCGAAGAAUUAUCAGACUGCCUACUUCCUCAACGACGAGGAUAAGAAGAUCAUGGCCAUUCGUGCCGAGUUGUCCGAGUCCUACAGCGGCGGCGACGGCCAUUACAAGUGGAAGGAUGUCAAGCUUGCCUUUGGGGACGUCAAGACCUGGCUUCACGGUGUCAGCCAGAUUGCCGUCGUCACCAUUCUUUACGGUUUCGGUACAUUCUUGCCGCUUAUCAUCAAGAACGGAUUCCAUUACUCGACCAAACAAGCUCAAUACCUUGUCAUCCCUCCCAACGUCUGGGGUGCUAUUGUCUAUGCCAUCGGGGCCGUCAUCUCGGACAGGUACCACAAACGCUUCUGGGUCAUGGUUGUGUGUGCUCCCAUCGGCAUCGCUGGCUAUGCUAUCCUACUCAGACAGGACGAUGUGUCAGCGGGCGUCCAGUAUUUCGCGACUUUCCUCAUCGCCACAGCCUGCUUCCUCUGCACGGGCGGGAACAUUGCAUGGCUGUCCGGAAACGUGGCUCCGGAUGGGAAGAGAGCAGCCAGUCUUGGUACACAAUUGACCCUUACCAACCUGGGGGGUAUCAUCUCCGGGCAAAUCUACGCUUCGACCGAUGCUCCGAGAUAUGUGCUCGGUCAUUCGUGGUCCCUGGGCAGUCUUGCCUUCGCGUUCAUCAUCUUCAACAUCAUCAGGGUGCUCUACAAGAGAAGAGAAGCUGAGAAGGCAAAGGCUCGGGAUCAGGGUGUUGUUGUGCCACCGGAGGAGUUCACUGACCGUGCUCCUACGUUCAAGUACCAGUUCUAA